GCUCUCGGUGGCCUGCUCGACUGUGACUGCCCACCGAGACCCAAGCCUGAUGAGUGCGAACUUCCGGUUCCGGAAACUGCAGGAUAUGAUGUACCGUGCGUGAAAACGAUAUUCGGGCAAAAGACCGACGUCCACCUCGGCAAACGUACCGAAAGGCUUUCGAAGCACCAGAUUGGUGCGGUCGUUAUUGAACGUUUACAGCUUGGCCGACGCGCUAGGAAACGUGCGGCCUCCACCAGAAACGGACCUAGUUCCUGCGACAGAGAUGGAUAGCCAAAUGAGCGUUCGGUCCCGAGGGUGUCGAUUCUAGUGCUCGAUGGUGUGGUCCGCAAGAGCAAAGAGUCAGAUAUGGUAUGUCAGCAGUAGUGGCUGGCGUAAGCUGGGGGCGGACUCGAAAUAUACUGAUCUACAGAACGAACGUUUGGCAGCCAGCGAACUCAAAGACCAAGCUGCAAUGGCGUAAUUGGCGCAGUGACGGGAAGGCGCCCAUAUCCGCUUUAUUGGAGCAGUCACACCAGGGUCAAGCUUCAAUAUGCGAUAGCAUGUUCGGAAACUGUCGCUGUAAGGCGCGUCGCAAAUGCUACGAUGAUGCUCUACCGGGCUUGUCAAGCAGCUGCAGCUCGAUCGGAUCGAGAGGAUCAUUAUAUGCCACUCGAUACUCGCCUUACUUAGGCUUCGGGCACAUCCCUGUCUCGGUAGUGCUGCAAGCGUCUUCCGCGAGGGAUUGAUCACAUCCCCUCAUGAGUUCUUAGCGAUGUGGUUCCCAGGGCGCGGUGGCGCCAACCAACAUGCUGAUGCUCGCAGAGCAUUCUCUUCCUUGGCGCAUCGUCCAAUGCAGCCGCUUCGUUGCUGCUUCAGCGUCCGUGGCUGCUAUGCGGUUAGAAUCAUGCGAAGGGUGAUGAACAGUCAAGGUAGUGCAUGAGGUGCCACAAGCCACGUUGCCGCGGCUGUCAGACCCAGCACUAAAGACGGCGUGGAAGCCCAACGCCAACAAUACAGUGGCGGGCUGGCUGCGGAAUGGUCACAAGCGAGCAUUUUGUCAAUGCCGUAUGUGUCGCACGACAGACACGCCGCCCAUUUUGGACAGCACCCAUGACAGUCUUUCCAGAUGCGGCUUAGUGCGGCGUUUCUGACAGCAGCGAUCCCGGUCGUGCUCGAACCUUGACGCCGGUCGGCAUAGCGACUUGAUCAACCCUCAAAC